AUGAAUACAGCCGUUACAUCGCAGAAACACUCUUGUCCCAGGUGGGCUUAUGGCGCUGGGUGUUCCAAGGAAUGUGACUGCAUUCAAGAACGUUCUACCGGCUGUGACCCCAAAACUGGGAGCUGUUUCUGCAAGGCUGCAUACCACGGUCCAAAGUGUGAGAGAGAAUGUGAUCCAGGCUUUUUUGGUCCCGGCUGUGAGAAGCCAUGUGACUGUCCAGGUGGAGGGUCAUGCGACCCCAGGAGUGGAGAGUGCAUUCAGCGAUGUCCUGCAGGCCUUCAUGGAGCUCAGUGUCAGCUGGUGUGCCAAGCUGGGAGCUAUGGAGAGAACUGUCGUCUGACCUGUGACUGCCGAGGAGCUCCUUGCGACCCAAUAACUGGACAGUGCAUUUGUGCUCCUGGGAAGACAGGAAACUCAUGCCAGGAAGACUGCCCUGAUGAGUUCUGGGGAUCAAAGUGCCAGUCUUCUUGUCCAAACUGUGAGAAUGGUGGCACCUGUAACAAGCAAACUGGUCUCUGUGACUGCAGACCAGGUUUCAUAGGAAACCUCUGCCAAAAAGAGUGCCCUACAGGUUACUUUGGACCAGGCUGUCUGGCACGAUGUUCUUGCAGCCUUGAUGCCAGCUGUGACCCACAGAAUGGACUGUGCCUCUGUCCUCCUGGAAAAAGAGGUCAUGAUUGCUCUAAAGCUUGUGAACCUGGUUUCUGGGGCCAAGGCUGCAUCAGCAGAUGCAAGUGCCAGAGCAACUCUCUUAGCUGUGACCCUGUCAGUGGGCAGUGUGAGUGUGAGGCAGGCUAUAUGGGGCCCCUCUGUGAUCACAAAUGUAUAAAAGGCACUUAUGGUCGCCGCUGUGUUCAGCAGUGCCAGUGUCAGAAUGGAGCUCAGUGCGACCAUGUGAGUGGAGCCUGCAUGUGCUCCUCCGGAUUUACCGGAACAUUCUGUGAAAAAAUGUGCCCGGACGGCUUUUACGGUCUUGAAUGUGGCCAGAUGUGCAAGUGCAGGAACGGUGCCCGCUGCCACCACAUCACAGGAGCCUGCCUAUGCACCGCCGGCUGGGCAGGACCCCACUGCAUUCUGGAAUGCUCUGAAGGGCAUUUCGGGGAGCAGUGCAGUCAGAUCUGCCGGUGUCAGAACGGAGGCAGGUGUGACCACGUCACCGGGCAGUGCAGCUGCAUGGCUGGAUGGACCGGAGUCAGCUGCCAACUGCCCUGUCCACCUGGAUAUUAUGGGGAACACUGUUCUGGCCAAUGUUUAUGUCAAAAUGGCGGGUCUUGUAACAGUCUGAAUGGCCAGUGCUCCUGCCCAUCGGGAUGGACUGGAAGCACUUGUGAGUUAGAGUGUGAGGACGGGCACUAUGGCGAGAGCUGUGCCCAGACUUGUAGAUGUGCCAAUGCAGGGAGCUGUGACCAAGUAACGGGGAAGUGUGUGUGUCUUCCUGGUUGGACUGGAGAGCUUUGUCAGUCAGCCUGUUCUGAGGGAUUAUUUGGGAGAGCCUGCGAGCAGAGGUGCGACUGUGUCCACAGUUCGGGUUGCCACCAUGUGACGGGCCGCUGUGAGUGCGAGCCAGGCUGGAGAGGAGCCAGGUGUGACGAAUCCUGUCACCAGGGCUUCUAUGGUGCUUCCUGUGCCCAGCAGUGCCAGUGCCAGGCCGGGGUGUCCUGUCACCAUGAGACUGGGAAUUGUGGCUGCCCAGCGGGGCUCACGGGGCCUGGCUGCGAGAGAAGCUGUUCUGCUGGAAUGUUUGGACAAAACUGCAGCCAGAUAUGUCGGUGCUCCGGAGUACAAGAGCAGUGCCAUCCUGUGACGGGCAAAUGCAGCUGCCUACCUGGUUAUCACGGGCCACGCUGUGACCUGCGAUGUCGAGCGGGUUCUUUUGGACCCAACUGCAAGUCCCGGUGCAGCUGCAAAAAUGGUGGCCGAUGUGACUUCCGAACUGGAACUUGUUACUGCCCCCCUGGUUACAUUGGAGCUGACUGCAGCUCAAGUUGUCCAAGUGGGUACUAUGGAAAGGACUGUGCAAAGCUAUGCUUCUGUGGAGAAGGAGGGCAGUGUCACCCAGUAAAUGGGAGGUGUAAAUGCGCUCCUGGUAAGAUGGGACUGUCUUGCCAACAAGUCUGUCCUAGGGGGCGCUAUGGCCUGCAGUGCAGAAACACAUGCCCCUGUCAGAACGGGGCUUUAUGUGAUCCCGUUGACGGGUCCUGUAAGUGUGGACUGGGCUGGACUGGACCCCAGUGUGACACUGCUUGUUCACAGGGAAAAUAUGGGCUUGGCUGUGCGCUCGACUGUCCCUGCCUUCACAAUGGAACCUGCGACCGAUUUACAGGCAGCUGCACCUGCGCAGCCGGGUACUACGGCCCCUCCUGUCAACAUGAGUGCCCGACUGGGUUUUAUGGGGUGAGGUGUGCCCACACAUGUGACUGUACGGUGGGGCAAGCAUGCAACCAUGUGACUGGCAAGUGUGCGUGUCCAUCCGGAUACUAUGGCCCACAAUGCCAAAGACGGUGUGACGCUGGCAGAUUUGGAGAUACUUGUUCAAGUUCAUGUGACUGUGCUGGUGAGGGUCCAUGUGACCAAACAACGGGUCAGUGCCUCUGCCUCCCAGGACGGACAGGACCGAGAUGUGAAAAGAAUUGUGAUGGGGAGCAUUUUGGCCCUAACUGCACCCUGCCCUGCCGGUGUUCCCACGGGGCUCGCUGUGAUGGGGUGAGCGGGCGAUGUCUAUGUCCGCUCAACUGGCUGGGCUCAAGUUGUACUGAAGCUUUGCUACAUCAAACCUCAGGAGUGCCAGGCAUCUCCGUGUCCCACAGAAAAAGAAGAGAAGGCGGCAAAACCACAUAACCCAAGCAGAGGUGCAAAUUCCUGACUGGACACUUAACAUGGGACUCGUCUCAGAGGAGCUUUGUACUGAUCAUCUUUGGAAUGUUGAUGUUGGACUUGUGGAACUGGUACUCGGCUGUCAGAAACUGGCCCUCCGUCGCUCUGAAAGCAGAGACAAACAUCAACAGAACUUGGCAUGUCGGAAGCCUUCAAAGGACGAUAAAAUCAAACUUAGCCCAGUCUGUCCAAGAUCUAAAGUCCAGGGUUGCACGGGCUUCGUAGCAACGCACACAAAUACCUGCAUCACAUUACUGUUGCUGAUUGAACGUAGAUCACUUUCAGUUCAGGGCUCAGUUUCUUGAACGCCUUUUAAACGAGCCAUGAGUGACUCAUUAUGACCCCUGCCAACAUUUAGUUUUAUUUGUUCAAGGAAAAAAAAAGUUCUAACCCAAACAGUGCCACAGACUUAUUCUGAUUAAAUAAUUCUGACCAAUAUUGGAUCAAAGAAAAUGUGAUAGGGUUGAUAAUAAACAAUGAAACGAGUCUUCGGUCCUGUGUAGGUAGACUCCCAUCACUCACAUAGUUUUCAGUCCUUGGGUGUGUUUCAAUUUUUAUUUUGAGCUGAUGGAAUUUCAUUUUUUCCUUUUUAUAAUUCAUCCACUCCUAGGGCAAGUUUAGAAUCCCCUUAUAAAGUCUUGGUUGGGCAGUGCGAGAGUACCCGUGCAUGUUGACCUCACAUAGAAAGGUGUUUUGGUAUUUAAGCCAUAGACCAUUUGGCUGUGAAACAACAAUGUUAAUGAUCCCGGAUGUUAAAAAAACACACAAGAAAAUGUCUGAUAAAGCGUAAACAAGCCUUACCGGCCUGCAAUACCGAUUCUCAUUGUGUCGUAACAUUGACAGUUAGUAUGUUUUAGCUGGUGGUAGAUGUUGAUGAGAUAUUGCUGACUUUUUUGUACAGUGUCUGCACAAAUUCACAAGUGUCCAGUGUUGCACAUCCACUGUGGUGUGCAACAUCAGAGGCCCUUUUUGAGGCUCACAGCCAGUCCUGUAUCACUGUACAGAGCCUCACAGUAAAUGUUCUUUCAAUUUCUGUUAUUUUUUCUUUUUUUGAUUAAAAAAAAUGUUUGUUUACAUCUCAGGUCUGUGCAGUCACAUUUGCUUCCAAAUGCAUCUCUUGUCAAGAUAUUUUUUACAGUGAACAAUGAAAGUAUUUUCCCAAAGCAAUAAAGUUAAAGGCAACAUGUUGAAAAUAUUAAAUGAUUGAAAAUAUUUGAAUUACCAUCUUUUUUUUCAUUCCUUUUUUGGUAGUUUUAUUGCAAAUAGUGGCCUUUAUUGAAAGUAGCAAAACAGGAAAGGGAGCAAAGGGUGACACAGGAUCAUGUGCCAGAAUAGGACCCAGGAUAUUUGCACUGGAGCAGAGGGCCUCCAUACAUGGCCUGUCUGCUUAAGCCACUCAGACGAUGGUGGCAACUCUUUCACAUAAAAAAAAAAAACAGGCAGACAGUUUGCAAAUGCUUUGUUUUAACCUGCGAAAAGUCAUCAGUUUUUGUUUUGCCCUCUCCUCCUACAAACGUUUCUAAUUCCCCUAUAUUCUAGGUCUGUCAUGCAUGUACGACUGCUUUUAUGGAGGCUUUUGAAGUCUGUCCAUAAAUGUUCAGAAUUUGGGACCUUGAGGGGCAUGUAAAAGCCUUCAGCGGUGCUUCAGUUGUCCACCGUGGAUUUGAUGUUAUUUUAUGAGGAUUAUCCUGCUGUUGAACAUCAGCUUUUCUUCUGCUUUUUACUUUUUUCCUUUUUUGAAGAAAGUGAUCUUUGCCUCUGGAAUUUUAUGUUAUUUAAUUGAAGCCAUUCUUUUCCCCAAAAUACUUGUAAAAUGUUGCUUAUGCAGGAGUUGUUUUCCAAUUGUAUCUGCCUUGUUUACAUGUGAGUUUUUUACACUUCUGAAGCAGAAUUUGGUUGUUACGCUGCUUGCUGUUUAUGCUGCACCAAAGAACAGAACACGACCACAACCACCACACAAAAUAAAAACCUCAGGAUUUUUACAUUUCAGUAUUUCAUCAAAGGUAUGAAGAAGUAAAUCAAAAACACUUUUGCAAAGUACAUCAUAAUAAAAAAAACAAAGGUACAGGACAAUGUAUGUUUUCUGUUUGUUUAAAUAUUUCAGAUCUGGUUACUUCCAUUUUCUAAUAGAGGAAAUAAAACUUAAACAUUUUUAGAAUAAAAAGAUAUGUUAAGACGACUCAAUUUCAAAUACAUUAGCAAACCAUGUCACCAGUGGUGG